GGACUGAACCAGGACUAAACCAGGACUAAACCAGGACUGAACCAGGUCUAGACCAGGACUAAACCAGGACUAAACCGGGACUACAACAAAACUAAGUGCUGUAUUUAAAUGACUCUUGUGUUUUGUGUUUGCAGAAGCCUCCAGCUCCCAAAAGGCUCCGGUGGAGCAGCUCAGUCUAAACGUGGAGUUGACGUGUGGACGUGUUGUGUCGUGUUUCAGGAACGUGAUGAGCUCAGCAUCACUCAACUGUCGCCUGAAUCUCAGAGAAAUAACAACGACCGGACAGAAUGUGGAAUAUAACACCCGAAUUAAUCAGUUGAUCAUGAGGAUUCGAUCUCCCAGAUCCACGGCGAUGAUCUCAGGACGAGGACACCUGAGCUGCACCGGAGCACACAGUUUGGAUGACGCGCACGCCGCCGCUCGGAGAUUCGCGCGGAUCGUUCAAAAGCUGGGAUUCCCUGUCACCUUCUCCAAGUACAAGGUGCACAACGUCUUGUCGGUCUCCCAGACGUUCCCCGUCCGACUGGAUGGUCUUCACGAGGAGCUCCGAGGAUGUUCCAGUUAUGAGCCGGAGCUGUUCCCUGGCCUCUACUUUCACUGUGAAAAAGUCAGGAUCUGUGUCUUCCACAACGGGAAGAUGAAUUUCACGGGGAGCUCAGACCUGACUGCAGACACCAGAGUGUUCCAGAGGUUGUACCGGCUCUGUGCAAGGCCAGGAGUGACAACCAAAUAUAAACACCGAUUUUAUUAUUAGAAUUUUAUUAAUACAGAUUAUUAUAUUUAAUUAUUUUAUUGAUAUUGAAUAUUUGUUUGUUGAAAAU